AUGGCGCCACCAACCCCCCGCUCCCCAGGAGUCCUCUACUGGGCUCCCCGCCUCUCGCUCGGCGCCUUAGCCAUCGCCUUCCUCAUCCACCUCAACCACCCCGCCUCCUCCUUUUCCCUCUUCAGCCCCAACACCAUCCGCAACUCCGGCUCUGCCAUCACAGCAAAGACCUACUGCUACACCUCGGUUCUCACCUCCGCCGGCUCUUCUAGAGAAGCCGACUGCUUCUCCGUUUCCCCCGAUGGCAGGUUUACAAAGGUGUUUCACUCGGCGGAGGAUGUCUUGAUUGUGGGGGAUAAUGAUUAUUUCGAUGAGGAUGGGGGGAACAACAUGGUGGUGGAGACCAAAGCGGGACAUGUCAUCCCGGGCAUUUGGGAUGGCCAUGGACAUCUAGUUCAGUAUGGAGAGUUUUUGCAUUCGGUGGAUCUGUUCGGAGCGAGCAGUGUGGAAACGGCCAUGCUCGAGUCCGACCCAGCUCUCAAGGGUAAAUACAUCAUGCUCGACCGAGUCGACGUGCAUUGUACCUGGGUCUCGCAAGCCAUCUUGGACCUUAUUCCUGCCGAGUCGCUCCCGGAGGAGGUCCCCGGUGGCGAGAUCAUUCGGGAACCGGGCCUAGGAGUCUUCUGCGACAACGCCAUGGACAUCGUCACUUCACUAUGGCCCAAGCCCGACGCAGAGCGCAAGAAGACCUUCCUCAAAACUGCCAUGAAGGAGCUGCACAAGGUCGGUUUGGUCGGCAUGAACGACGCCGGCGUGACGCCGACCGACCUGAAGGUGUAUGAUGAAGCCAGCCGGAACGAAGACUGGUGGACUCUCCGCGUGUACGCCAUGAUUGAGUGCGGCGAGCGCAAUGUCUUCUGCCCGCUCGAGGCCAACUCUGUCAGAACCCAGCACGAAGACGGUAUGCUCACCAUCCGCAGCGUCAAGCUCUUUGCCGACGGUGCCUUAGGAUCCUGGGGCAGCGCCAUGAUCGAUCCUUACUCCGACAAACCUUCCACUCGUGGCUCCCUGCUCGUCAACGGCUCAACCCUCGAGUCUCUUGCCCGCUCCUGGUCCAACGCGGGGUACCAAGUCAACAUCCACGCCAUCGGCGACCUGGCCAACCGGUACGCCAUCGACGCCCUCGAAGCCGCCCUCAAAGACGCCUGCAAUCUUUCCGACGGAAAGACACUUAAGGACUGCCAGCAAGCCUCUCACCGCUUCCGCAUCGAACACUCACAAAUCAUUCACCCCACCGACCAAGCCCGCAUCCGUGAUCUAGGCAUCAUCCCCUCCAUCCAGCCCACGCACGCCACCUCGGACAUGGCCUACGCCGAGUUACGCUUGGGCCCCGAGCGCACCGCCACCGAAGCUUACCGUAUGCGCAGCUUGAUUCACGAACUGGGAGUCCAGCCUGUUUUGGGGUCCGACUUCCCCGUUGAGCCGCCCAACCCGUUUGAGGGCAUGUACGCGGCCGUAACGAGGAAGAACCCGCAUACGGGCAAGGGAGCUGAUGGUGGCGAUAAGGGUUGGUAUACUGAUGAAGCACUGGGUCUUGAGGAGGCGCUUGCAGGCUUUACCAAGGGGGUGGCGGGCGGGAUGUUUACAGAGGGGAAGACGGGUGUUAUUGAAGAGGGCGCAUUUGCGGAUUGGGUGGUGCUUGAUGAGCCGUUGGAAGUGUUGGCCGCUAGGGACAACGGGGAGGGAUUGAGGAAGAUUAAGGUUAGGGAAACGUGGGUUGGUGGUAGGAAAGUGUAUGAUCGGGAGGAGAAAGUGGCGAAGAAGGUAGUGAGUAAUGGGGAGGAGGGGGUGAGGGAGGGUUUGUGAAGGAGAGAGUAAACAGCAAAGGUAAUGUUGCAAACAUGGAUGAUGUUAUGUAUGAUGGAUGCUAUGACUGGAUGACGUACAACGAUGGUAUACACGACAAGAGAUAUAAGGGUUGUGUGAACUAGAACGUGUUUUGGUUCUUUGUCGAAUUAGACCAGAUCUCUGUCCAAAGAGACUAUGUCAGCGGCCCUUCACUUUCUGGUUCAACCGUCUCUCCAGCAUCCCUCCCAAAAAAUCAAUAAUCGCUUUGCCUAUCCUGUUCCUGCUGUUAAUCCCUCGUGCCUAUCACGACGAAGAGCAAUGAAGACGCUGAACACAGUCAAAUAUCACCAAGGAG